UAGGCGAUGCGUCGCCACAGCACCAAGACUGGAGUCGCUCUGCCUCCAGUGGGCCAAGGUCCAGAGGCUUGUCAGAUGCUCACUCGAGCUCAGCUCGGCCAGGAUCCCCCACAGAGAACCGUGCUAGGGGUGUUGACUGAAAAUGAACAGUACAGGAGGACCUGUGGCCAGGAGAUCACAACAGUCAGAUAUUUUGCUGGAUCAGAAAAUGUCUUCCCUGUGGCUGGAAAGAAAGUGCUCCCUGACCCUGGGGUCAACGAGCCAGCCAAGCAUGGAUUUGACAUCUACAUGGAUGAGCCUGAACAGGGGAACCGUGAUGGCUGCCCAGGGAGAGAGGCGAUAGUGUUGGAGGAUGUGUACGAAGUAGACACAAGCAUGCUUAAAUCGGACCUCCACUUCCUGCUGGAUUUCAACACAGUCUCCCCUAUGCUGGUCGACUCCAAUGCCCACGCCCAGUCAGAGGAAGCGGCGGAUUUUGGUUCAGACGUGAUUAAUGUAACAGAAUAUGCCGAAGAGAUUCAUCGCUACCUGCGAGAAGCCGAAGUAAGACACAGACCCAAGGCCCACUACAUGAGGAAGCAGCCGGACAUCACGGAGGGCAUGCGCACCAUCCUGGUGGACUGGCUGGUGGAGGUUGGGGAAGAAUAUAAACUGCGCACAGAGACCCUGUACUUGGCUGUCAACUUCCUGGACAGGUUUCUUUCCUGCAUGUCUGUUCUGAGAGGGAAGUUGCAGCUUGUCGGGACAGCGGCUAUUCUCCUGGCUUCGAAAUACGAAGAGAUCUACCCGCCCGAUGUGGACGAGUUUGUCUACAUCACGGACGACACGUACACAAAGCGACAGCUUCUACGGAUGGAGCAUCUGCUACUGAAAGUUCUGGCAUUUGAUCUGACUGUUCCAACCACCAACCAGUUUCUCCUUCAGUACUUGCGGCGGCAAGGAGUGUGCAUCAGGACUGAGAACCUGGCUAAGUAUGUUGCAGAACUGAGCCUUCUCGAAGCUGACCCAUUCUUGAAAUAUCUUCCUUCCUUGGUAGCUGCAGCGGCUUACAGCCUGGCAAACUACAUUGUGAACAGGCACUUUUGGCCAGAAACGCUUGCUGUAUUUACGGGCUAUUCAUUAAGUGAGAUAGUGCCUUGCCUGAGUGAGCUGCACAGAGCCUGCCUCAGUAUACCCCACCGCCCUCAGCAAGCCAUCCGGGAGAAGUAUAAGACUUCAAAGUACCUGCAAGUGUCCCUCAUGGAGCCGCCUGUAGUUCUUCCCCUGCAGUGAGCAGCAGGCAGCGCUGAGGUCACCUCCAGAACACAACGGCCACAUCAGCAGGCUUGCUCUGAGUUGUUACCGGCUUCUGCAAGCCGGGUCGACAAUGUCGGUUGUCAAUGACAUCUUGAAUGUGUAAAUGUUAGGUUCUCUUAGACGUUAGUAGUUCAUAAUUUAUGUAGAUAUAGAAAAGUAUUUUAAACAAAUAAACAGC